AUGACUAUAUUCUUGAGUUUUUUCUCCCUUUUUCAUGUGUAUAGGCUGAAAGGGCGUUUGCACGCAUGUAUCUCUCCUUCUGAGAACGGACUUAUCAACGGAAAGAUACUAAUUGGAUUAACAGAUGCUCAGCUAGAGAACUUAGAUAUGAUUGAAGGAGAUGACUACGUGAGGAAGACUGUUGAAGUUGUAUUAACUGACACUUCUGAGAAGAUGAAAGUGGAAACCUAUGUAUGGGCUAACAAGGAUGAUCCUGAUAUGUAUGGAGAAUGGGAUUUCGAGGAAUGGAAGAGGCUUCACAUGGAGAAAUUCAUGGAAGCGGCCAAGAAAUUUACGGAAUGGAAGAAGAAUCCGGAUGGGCAAUCAAGGGAGGAGUUUGAGAAAUUUGUACAUGAAGAUCCUCAUGUGGCCUGAAGAAUCUAUGUGCUUUUCUUUUGUUUCCCAUCGACAUGUGUGUUGAAAUCACUCUCGUUAUCUAUAUCUUCUACUGCAAGUAAGAGUUUUAUGAGUGGAGAACAAAACAAACAAAGAAAAAAGUAUAUGUUGUAUUGUUUGUGUAAUUGAGUUAGUUAGUCGUA